AUGAGAACCAUUGAGGAGACCAGAAAGAGAUGGGAUGCCCUAUUCCUCAACAAUGACACCGCUGUCGAUCUUCAGGCGGCACUGCGAUCUGAGCAAGGUAGAAAGCUGUGUAACGAUGGGCUGAGGUCGAUCUGCUGGAAGAUCUUCUUGCUCUUCGAAGGUCUCGAACGCGAACAAUGGUCCCAGAAACUCGCCGAAUCACGUGAGGCAUACACUGCUCUCCGUGCCCAUUUCUUGAAGUAUAUCGAGCACCCAGAUGACUUAGGGUCGACGGUCGAUCCGCUGGCGGAUGAUGAACAUUCGCCAUGGCAAACCCUUCGAACCGACGAGAAACUGCGCGCCGAGAUAUUGCAGGAUGUCGAUCGAUGUCUUCAAGAAAACCCUUUCUUCCAAGAACCGGCAACCAAAUCUAAACUGACCGAUGUGUUGUUUAUUUACUCAAAACUCAAUCCUGAUGUAGGCUACAGACAAGGCAUGCAUGAGCUGUUGGCACCAAUUCUAUGGGUCAUUGAUCAGGAUACCAUCCAGAAGUCUACUGAAGCCAACCGUAAUGGUAAUGAAGAAGAUAGCCUGAUGGUGGACCUUCUUGAUGAGAAAUUUAUUGAACAUGAUUCGUUCAGCCUAUUUCUCUGUGUUAUGCAGACGGCUCGAAUAUACUAUGAACAUAGCGAAACAAACGGCCCAACAGAUGUGAUCCCGAUUGUUAGUCGAUGCGAAUUUCUACAUAAGGAGGCCUUGAUGAUCAUCGACCAAGAAUUAGCGGAACACCUGGAGGCAGUUGAUGUGCUUCCCCAGAUUUUCUUAACUCGAUGGAUGCGUUUGUUAUUUGGACGAGAAUUUCCUUUUGAGGAUGUCCUCACCAUGUGGGAUAUUCUGUUUGCCCAUGGGCUAAGAUCUGACAUUGUGGACUUCACAUGCAUUGCAAUGCUGCUUCGAAUUCGCUGGCAAUUGCUCAAAUCAGAUUACUCUGGCGCCUUGACAAUGUUGCUGCGCUAUCCUUCACCUCUCCCACAUUCGCCGCACGAAUUUAUGCAUGACGCACUUUACCUGGAGCAAAAUCCAACAGCAGAUCGAGGGGCGCAUCUAAUUGCAAAAUACUCGGGUAAACAACCCGGGUCUUCCAAGCGCAGAGAAAGUAAUUUGCGGUUUGCCCGGAAAGCUCAUCUUUGGGAGGACUUCAAAAAGCACAGCGAGAGUGAAUCAUCUUCUUCCAGAAAUAGCCCAAAAAGUCUGGAAACCCUUCUACAAGACGUUUCCCAGGGAAUUCAACGACGCACAGAGUCCUGGGGCGUAGCCAAGGCUGUCCGGGGGGCCGUGACGGAAGCGAGAAAAAACAUGCAAACAAUGCAGCAUGAACCAAUCCGACGGGUCGUUGCUAGCCAGCCCCCUCUUACCAGGAUAUCUCCAACAGCAAACGAACUUAGUCUUGAAAAAAAGAUUAGUUGCUUGGAGGAGAGGAACAAGGCGCUCUCCUCUACUUUGAGUGAAGCUCUUACAGAACUUCGUUUGCAGCUAGCCGCCGUCAAGGAUCUUGACUUGAGUGCAAAUGAUGCUUUAGUGCAGGCUUUAGCUCGAGCUGAGUCGGUUCAAACCUGCCUUGAAAAUCCUUCAGCUUCAGUAGACCUGGUCGCGCGUCCCUCCAAUGUAGAUAACGAGUCAGCCCAAUCUACAGACAAGUCAGAUGCACUGAAAUCAGAUGUUGCGCAGGGUCAGCCAGAUGUACCGCCACCUUCCAUCGAGGUCCAAGGGCGAAGUGCCGAAAGUGGGACCCCCAAACCUGUCGGCAUUUCCACAGCUCCCACGACAAACGGCAAGACCGACGGUGUGCGCGCGGUAUCGCGGUCACUUGUGCGACCAUCCCUGUCUGACGCAGGCUUCUCAUGGAUGCUGGAAGGCAGUCGAAAUGUUGCCAGUUUUGUCAGCUCCGCAUCAGAACCACCAGAGCAGACUCGACAGCUAGAUCGAAAGCUAGAUCAACAGCGCAGAGGCAGUAAAUCGAGUCCCCUUUUUGGAAAGGCUGGAGAAGAGAAAUCUGAAGCUGAAGCCGAAGAUGAACUUGCCAUGAGCCAUCUGAAAGGGGUGCGAGAGCCCCUGUAA